AUGGUCCAACCAAAUUGAUGAAGGGGUCUAUGAAUUUCAGAUUGGGAAACAAAAGGAGACUGAUCAGAUUAAAGUUUCCUGUCCAAUUAUGUAUUAUGUAGGUGAGAUGCUGUUUUGUAGAGAGAGUGAACUAGAAGAUUGCAAAACUGUGAAAUUACACGUAGUUACAUUAGGAUGGGAAAUGAGAACUGACCUUGGAAAAACACUUUGUCAGUUGAUUGAAGAACAAGGAGGCAAUUACAUUCUUGAUGUUGAUCUAGACUUUUUCACAACAAUGAAUCCAUUUAUUGAAAUGCAUAAGAAAGUAGACAUGUACAGCAGACUAAGGCAGAUUUACAGCUUUGACUUCUAUGAAGUAGAGGAAGAGGCUGUUGUGAAUGCCCAGGUCAAAAGAAGCAAUCAGAUAUCUAGUUUAAAGAAAAUAUUUACCAGCUUACAUGAGCUGAAAGACCCAGAGCAGAUCAAGGAAAAUGUAAAUUCAAUCUGUCAUUCAAUUUCAUCUCAGACAGACAGAGAUAUUUUGACAGCUCUUAUCAAAGACUUGGCAACUGAAUAUGGCUCAGAAGUUGACUGGGAACUGAUCCAUGAAGCUGGGUGUACCUGUGAUGACCAAAAGCACGAGUUGCCGCACCACGUUUCCUCAGAUGAGCAAAUUGUUCAAUUAAUGGAGUGCUUUCAACAGCUUAUUUCAUCUCUUCCAUCUCCAACUGUCAUUACCCUCUCCCGUUCUAGUCUUGAUGAUUACUGUCCCCCUGAUAAAGUGGAUAUGGUACAGGAUUUACUUUGCAAAUUUUUGAGAAGAACUUUUGAUAUAGAUUGUAAAAGCCACUAUUUGAGUGAUAAUUAAUGUAAUAUCUUGUGCAAGUUUUUCUUUUCUGUUUUAUUCAGUCAUUCAUUUUUUUUAAUCAUUUCAUGUUAGGAAGAGAAGACAAUGAUAAUGAUGUGUAGUGCUGAAAUGUGUGAGUAAUGUACUGGUAAUUUUUGUCUCGAGUGUAAAUGCAAUUAUAGCAAUAUUUUGAAUGUGGGUUUACAAGACUAUAAUAUAUUUUGACAAUUUAUAUUACAUUAUCCAUAGUAUUUAUGGUCUGUUGUUGUUUAUAAUAAACAAGAAUCCCUGCUGAAAAUAUAAUCAGAUGUAUUGCAUUUUGACAAUAAAUUUAAAUAGGCA